AUGACGACGACGAAGACGACAAGGAGGAGGACGACAAGGUCAACGAUAACGACAACGACGACGUUAGUGACUACGAGCGACAAUGAUAACAGCGAAGACGACGACGACAACAACCAAAACGACGGCGACGAUGACGACAACGGCAACAAGUAUGACUACGACGACGAUAAUAGAGAUGAUAACGGCAACGACAACGACAACGACACCAAUGGUAGAUUGUAUUGGGUAUACAUAUGA